AUGUCUGGGAUCACUUUUUGUAUCACAAUCAAUCGAGUAAAUCUCGGUUUUGCCACCGUUUGCAUGGUCAAUUCGACAGCUUUUGAUGUGAAUGAGAAAGUGAAAUGGGAAAAGAAUUUCACGUUCCAAUCAGACAUCAAAUGUGGAGCUGAAAGCGGUGAAUGGGCGGCUAAAAAUGGCUACAAUGGCACAAUCUUAUGGACAUUAAAUCAAAAAUCUCUUGUAAUGUCAGCCGGUUUUUACGGAGUUCUUGUAACAACUUGGUGGGCUGGUUAUCUAGCUGAUCGAUUUGGACCAAAAGUUAUCAUCUUAAUAGCUCUUUUCGACUAUCUGAUCACUGUAACAUUGUCUCCUUUCUUGGCCUCAUCAACUUCCUACUCGAUAUUCUUUGGGAAUCGAGUGGUUAUGGGACUUGGGGAGGGUCUAGUAUUGCCCACAUUGAGCUCUCUAACUUCUCGUUGGUUUGCUCCCGCUGAAAAAGCCUCCAUGGCCGCUAUCUUCACUUCGGGAAAUGCGAUCGCAGCCGCUGUGAGCCCGGCGGUGUCCUCAAUCUUUUGCUCAUCGUUCCUUGGAUGGCCGACUAUCUUCUACUUUUCAACUUUGAUAACUCUUGUCUUAUUUGUCCUUUGGUGGAUUGGAAUCACGAAUACUCCAUUGGAGAAUCGAUUCGUGCGAGUGCAAGAGAGGAGAUAUUUUGAGAACACCGAUCUCCUUGCUUCAACGUUACCAUCAAACAUCAAAGUCCCAUGGUCUUCGAUCCUCUUCUCAAAAGUCUCAAUGGCUUGCUACUUGUGCACAUUUGUUGAUAUGUUUUGUGUGAUUAUCAUGCAAGCAUUUUUACCGCACUACAUGAAAGAAGUAUUGCAUUUACCAAUAAAACAGAACGGUUUCUUCACAAUGCUACCCUUCACUUGUCAACUAUUAACGAAAAACAUUUUGGCUCCAAUUGGGGAUUGUUUAAAGAAAAGAAAUUACUUCACACACACAACUGGUGUCAGAAUAUUUCAAUCAAUAAGCGCUUUUGGAGCCGCAACAGCUUUAUUUCUUUUGGCAUUUUUGCCGGAUUGCCAAUUUCCCUUUAGAGCGCUGCCAUUGUUGGCAAUGUAUGGUGCCUGCUAUUCUACUUGUACAAUGGGCUAUUUCACAUCGACUCUCUCAAUCGCUCCGCCAUUCACCGGCACAAUGAUGUCCGUCUCGAAAGUGUACGGGAGCGUCGGGCAACUUAUAGGCACAAAUUUUGUUAGCCUCCUAUCUUCAGUGAUUUCCCUCGGUUUGAAGGCGGAAACGAGCGACACAUGUUUCUUCUGGUCAAUCAACGUUGAUGAAGCCCCGUCGAUGAGUAUUUGGUAUCAGGCACUGUCACCCGGCGAAUCGGCUCGUGUGUCUCUUUUCGACGAAUCGGGAAAACAACUGCUCCAAAUAUCUGGCGCGCAAGGACGCAAAGAAAAAUUCUCCCUUACCACCAGCGGAAUGUAUCGUUUGUGCGUGACCGGUGAGCAACGUGGAGGGACGCGAGUCUGGCUGGCAGCCUAUCUUCUCGACGCGAAAUGGACUCCUCUAUCGGAUUUGAUCAAAAUCGAGAAUCAAAAGCAGACCGCUUUCGAAACGAUUACAGUGUUCGAUAAGCAAACCCGUGUGAUUCAUCAGACAUUGAAAGAAGUCGAAGAUUUGCUUACCCAGCGCACCGCCCUUGAGCUCAAACAUCGAUCACUUGUCGAGACAAACUUUGAGAGUUUGAAUUCGUUGGCCUUGCUUGUUCUCGUUUGCAUUCCAAUCAUUGGUUUCAUUCAGGUUUUCGUGCUUCGUUCAUUCUUCACGGAGAAUCUCCAGCUAAAUCGUUUUUUCCGGAAGCGCACUUCGCGAAUU